AUGAGCAUUAUCCUUAAUAAUAUACACGCCACCAGCUACAAGAGUCAUGUGCCUCCUGAAGAUUCCCCACUGUGGGGUCCACCCACCAUUUUCCAUUACGUUGACCGACAAUUGUUAGGGCAUCUCCAUCCAUCCCUGGUUCUUAGCUGGACUAUUCCUGAAAAUAAAAAGCUUGAAGAGGAUAAUAGCAUUGGUUCUUCUCUGAAUGCUUCUCAACGCUUCAAGCUUAGCAGAGAAUCUACACAAUGGACAAAGCAAGUCCUCUACACCAACGCUUCCAAACCGAUUCCCAUCAACAGACAAACUCUGCAAUGCAUCCAACUCUUGAAAAGUCCAGCAGCAAGAUACACAACGAUUGUCUUUAAGACUGGUUUUGGAGAGUUUCACUUCUCUGGGAGUCUUGUUCUGCUCAACAACCCAUCAAACUCCUUCGCAUUUCUACCGUCGACGAUGGAGCCUGCUGCCGAUGAUGCCUCUCCCAAUUUCACCGACUUUACAUUGGCCGAGAUUGUUGACAUGGAGAAUCUGUACAAGGAGCUCGGCGAUCAGUCUCUCCACAAAGACUUCUGUCAAACUGUUGCCUCCAGCUUUAGUUUCUCUGUGAAUCGGAAAGGCAAACCCUCAAUUACCUGGGAGCAAGUACAGAGUUGGUUUCAGGAGAAGCUGAAGCAGCAAAACCAAGCCGACUUCAAGACUAAGCCAUCUCCUCCAUUGCAGAUUGCUGACUUGUCAAAUCUCAGCGAUGCUAACUCUGUUCCAAAACGGAAGGGCAAGGCAUCUGAUCUAAUGGAUCUGGCUUUUGAGGCUAAAUCAGAAAGGGACGACGCAUGGUAUGACGUGGCUUAUUUCCGAACUUAUAGAACUCUUAGCAAUGGUGAACUGGAAGCGCGUGUGCGAUUUUCUGGGUUCGACAACCAACAUGAUGAGUGGUUGAACGUCAAAAGAUCAGUGCGUGAGCGGUCUAUUCCUGUAGAACCAUCAGAGUGUGGGAGAGUGAAAGUUGGAGACCUGCUUCUAUGUUUCGAGGAAACUGAGGAUCAAGCACUGUAUCGUGAUGCUUAUGUUGUGAAUAUCCAAAGAGGGGUUCAUGAUCACAAGAGAUGUAACUGCGUGUUUCUUGUUCGCUUCGACGGUGACAAUACAGAGGAACCGCUGGGGAUUGACAAAAUUUGCCGUCGUCCGGAUCAGUGA